UAACCACAGCCACCCUGAGAUGAGGGAGAUCUCUCUGGCCAUCCGUCACAACAUGAGCCGAGCUCCCAGCACCACCUUCCACCCCCAGGACUUCAGCGACCUCAUCAGCUUCAUCCUGUACGGAGUCUUGCACCGCGGGGGUAAGGACCCCUGGCUGGAGCGCCUGUACUACAGCUGCCAGCGGCUGGAGAAGAGGGACGGCCGAGCGGCUGCAGACAGCUGCAGGCCGGGGGUGGUGCCGCGGGUGCUGCUGAAGACCGAGGCGGUGAUGUGGCAGUGGGCCGUGUGGGAGGCUGCUCAGUUCACCGUGCUGUCCAAACUCAGAACCCCGCUGGGCCGCGCUCAGGACACCUUCCAGACCAUCGAAGGAAUGAUCCGGAACCUGGCGGCCCACAGUCUGAACCCAGAGCAGGAUGUGGGAGCCUGGGCCGGGACUGGGGGGGACGGAGAUGGUCACCACUCCAAUCAGCUGCGCCUGGCUCUGCUGCUGCAGUAUGUGGAGAACCUGGAGAAGCUCAUGUACAACGCCUACGAGGGCUGCGCCAAUGCUCUCACUGCCCCCCCGAAGGGUAUCAGGACGUUCUUCUACACCAACCGGCAGACGUGCCAGGACUGGCUGACGAGGAUCCGCCUGGCGCUGAUGAGAGUCGGGCUUCUGUCGGGCCAGCCGGCAGUCACCAUUCGCCACGGCUUCGACCUGCUGACAGAGAUUAAAAACAGCAACACGCAGGUCGGUACAAACACAAUGACUCAUGCUCUACCUUCAGAGGCUGCAGAUGUUCUGUUGCAGGUCGGAUUCUGCACACAGGAAGCCCACCUCAUAAAAACAGACUCCUUGAAGUUCUUCCAGGUCAUCUGCUUCUCCAUGCCCUGA